AUGGCUGAUACAUUCUCCUCUAUUCCCAUCAUUGACUUGCGUCGUCUUCAAGACCCGCUAACUAAAGCGGAGGCCCUAGAACAGUUGCGGGAAGCCAUCUUUCAGGUUGGCUUUUUGUACCUGAUUAACCACGGGCUGGAGCCACUUGUGAGACGAACGCACGAGAAGCUCCCCGAGCUUUUUGCGUUGCCCACUGAGGUCAAAGAACGAUGUAACAUGAUCAAUUCACCCUCGUUCGUCGGGUACACCCGUCUCGGGGCAGAGACUACAGCAGCCAAGACAGAUCUGCGAGAGCAAUUCGACUUCGGUACCCCGGGUAUGAAAACCUGGAACGAAAACGUCGACCCUUUCUGGCAAAGACUCGAGGGCGAAAGCCAGUAUCCGGAGCAUCCCGGCGCUAAAGAGCUCGUCGAUGAAUACAUAGCAGACUCCGCAAGGCUAUCGCAGAAGUUCAUGCGGUACGUUUCAGAAUGUCUUUCCCUGCCCCCGACAACUUUUGAGUCGUUCAAGGGUAAGAUGGAUCGUCUGAAGUUUGUCAAGUACCCUCAGUCUCCGCCUGGUUCACAGGGUGUCGGCCCGCACAAGGACUCGACAGGGUUAUUUACCUUCCUCUCGCAAGACGACACCGGCGGACUGCAGGUUCUAAACAAGAACGGGGAGUGGAUCGACGCCCCUCCCAUUGAGGGAAGUCUGGUGGUGAAUAUCCAGCAGGGCUUUGAGGCCAUCACGGGCGGCAUCUGCACUGCAACAACGCACCGCGUUAUUGGUGUCGUGGUUCAGCCCACGGAUGUUGAGGACGUUCGCACCGCGCUCCUCUGGGCACAGGAACACCAUAUUGACCUCGCUGUCAAGGGCGGCGGUCAUUCCGUGGCAGGAACAAGUUCCAGCGAUGGCGGCCUAGUGAUCGAUCUGUCGCGCAUGAACAAAGUAACCGUGGACACGGCGAAAAAGACCCUGACUGUGCAGGGCGGCGCCGUGUGGAAAGACGUCGAUGAAGCGGGCGCUGAGCACGGACUUGCCGCCGUCGGAGGUACAGUCAACCACACUGGCGUCGGUGGACUGACCCUCGGCGGCGGAUACGGCUGGCUGAGCGGGAUGUACGGGCUGACGAUCGACAACCUGCUCGCUGCGACAGUAGUCCUGGCGGACGGCCAAGUCGUCACGGCUUCUGCGACCGAGCACGCAGAUCUUUUCUGGGGUCUGCGCGGAGCAGGAUACAAUUUCGGGGUGGUUGUCGAUUUCACCUUCCAGGCUUAUGAACAGAAGACGCCCGUGUAUGCGGGCAUUGUUGCGUUCCCGCCUGAGAAGUUGGAGUCGGUCGUCGAGCAGAUGAACGCUCUGUUUGAGGCCCCGGACCCUCGCUCCGGUGCUAUGAUCAUCCUCGCCCAACCUCCUGGUGCCCCUACACUCAUGGUCAACGUGUUGGUCUUUUACAACGGCACCAAGGAGGAAGGCGAGAAGCGCUACACGGGCUUACUUGCUCUCGAGCCCGUGGUCAACCUGAUCGAGGUUAUCCCGUACUCACUGCUUAACUCGCUGCAGAACCCGAUGGCCACUUACGGCGAUCGCAAAACCUUCAAGGGGCUAUUCUAUCGCACACCCUUGGAUGCCCAGUUUCUUCGUUCCAUGCUCGACGAAUUGAGCGCCGGGGCUAAGGAGAAUCCGGACAUGAUCCCGGCGAUGCUCCUCGAAUGCUACGACAUGAGAAAGACGUGCAGUGUACCCCUUGAUGCGACUGCUUUUGCGAAUCGAAGUCUCACGCAGAACGGCCUGCUCACGUUGCGCUGGGCAGAUGAGUCCAAGGAUAGCGAAUAUCGCGCCUGGUCGCGUGAAAUACAGGCCAAAUUUAAGGCACAGUUUGAGACCCAGCUCGGCGGCGAGGAGACCGCUGAUGUGCCGCAAUAUAUCAACUACGCAGAGCCCGGAGACGUGGUUGUGAACAACAUCUACGGAGGUAACCUGGAGCGCUUGAAGGGAGUUAAGGCGAAAUACGACCCAAACAACCUAUUCCAUAAGAUGCAUCCGGUUUCGCAGGCAUAG